AUGAAAUACAGUGAGAUAUCACAUUUCAGCCACCCAAAACACAAACUAAGAUUCGAGCACAACGAAUUUCCAUUCAAAUGCGAUGGCUGCAAAGAAAUAGGCAUCGAUUCACGUUAAAAAUGCAGCAUCUGCGACUACGACCUUCAUACACACUGCGCAAUACCUUCCACCACACUCUUCGAUCCAUUUUACACAAAAUGCACCUUCCAAUUCAUGCAAAUCCCACCAGGAAACACGCCGCAUUACUGCAACGCAUGCGAAAAGGAUGUGAACGGGUUUGUUUACCACUGCAAAUCCUGUGGGUUCGACCUCCACCCGUGUUGCGCAAAGCUGCCGAUGGUUCUUAACGACGGGGAAAUGAAACUUUACCUUUACAGGAAAGUGAGUUCACCAUGUCACCGUUGUGGGAGAAAAGCACGUAGCUGGAGUUAUAGAUCGAACUGUAAGAGUUACAAUUUACAUGUGGCUUGUGUGAGGGAAAUGCUGGUGGAAAAUUGGUACAACUUAUAUAUGGGACAUGGUAAAGGAAGUAGCAGGAAACUUGAGGCCAUUAUUCCUAGUUUACAGAAUACAUUGUACAGGAAGUAGAGGAAGUAAAGGAAAGAAGGUGAAAAAAAGUGUUGUGAGAUUGCUGGAUUUGCGGUGCAGAUUGUGAUUUCAGCGGUUUUGGGUGAUCCUACGACUCUCAUUGCUGGUGUUGUUGGGGCGCUCAUGUCUAGGGCUUGAAUAUCAUGGAACAUAACAGAAUCUAUCUUUUGUCUUUUGUUGUGACGUGUAUGUUAGUUUUGUUUAGUACCACAUGAUGAUGAUGGUGAUGAUGUGUCUCCAUAACAAUGUAAUGUAAGGAAUAUAAAUUAAAUGUGGUUUUUUUACAUAAUAAAUAGGGUAUAAAUGGUACUACCUCUAUUGCUAUAUUUAAGAGAUUUUUGGCCAAAACACACGAAUUGAGAAACACAACCACAAAGGCAAAAGAUGAAAAG